AUGAAUUAUUUUCUCUAUUAUGAUUAUCACGAACCAGAUAAUAAAGAAAUUGAAAUACAUAAAUUAGCAACAUUAGGUCGAAUAGUUCUACGUUAUAAUAAACUCGUCGAUGCUGAAAAAUUUCUUUUGAAUGCAUAUGAUUUUAAAUUACCUGAUCUUACAUCAGUAGCUGAAAAAUUAGAAGCAAGAUUAACUCUCGUUUAUCAAGGAACUCUGAAUGAUGAAUCCAACAAAAUUAUGGCUGAUAUUGAAAGACGUUUAGCUCUUCAUUUUAUCAAAGCAGAUGAAAAUUCUAGAGCAAUUCAAUGGUUUUAG